AUGAAACGACAGUGUCUCUUUAAAAGUUUUGUUGUUUCAAUUCAACCAGGGUUUCAUCGAGAAGCUGUUGAAACGUGAACCUUCUCUGCGGCGCGGCGUGUUCCACAAUCGGAAGCGAAAAUGCCUUCUCACAAGACCUUCAUGAUCAAGAAGAAGCUCGCGAAGAAGAUGAGGCAGAACAGGCCCAUCCCUUACUGGAUCCGCAUGAGGACCGACAACACCAUCAGGUACAAUGCUAAGCGUAGGCACUGGCGCCGCACCAAGCUCGGAUUUUAAGGUCAAUGUGAACCUGCGACUCCGUAUUUUUGUUUUGCUUUUUUCUAGAAUGUUCUUAGCGAUAUGCCAAGGUUGUAGCUUUGGUCAUGUGGCCACACACAGGGAUCGUUAACCUUAUUUUUAUUUUUGUUUUUGGCUAUUAAUGUGAAACUGUGAUGGUAGUUUUUAUUCAUUGCUUUUUAUUUUUUGUCUC